AUGGUCGGUGAGGGGGAGAGAAUGCCUAACGGUAGGACGGGGUUGAGAUCUGAGUCCGGGCAUGUUAUUACCAAGGCGGAGGGGAAGUGUAAAACAAUUUUGGAGAAAGUUAAGACAGAGCAGUCUGCUAAAGGUCCGAUUUAUAAGCAAGCUCAAGAGUUGAAAAAUAAUGCUACGACACUUUUGACUGCAGCUCAGAGUGCUAAAAAGACUGUUGAGUCCAAAGUCACAUUGGCGUUGGAGGCUGUUGUGAAAAUGGACGAAAGUCUUAAGAUGGAUUUGUUUGACGUGAAGAAGAAAAUUAAGGAUGGGAUUAAAGAGGUGAUUAAUAGUUCGGGGCUUAAUGAUUUGGGUGAGAAUGUGAAGACGGAUUUGGUGGCGUUGAGGGGGAAGAUUUUGGGGCUUAAGGAAGGUGUGGACACUGACCGCAGCAAUGUUCUUCUUAAAGAGGCAUUGUCUAAGCUGGAUACCGCGAAAACAAAGUUUAAUGAGGAUACUGGUAAAAUUAGUACGGAGACCAAAAAUCUUGAAAGUAAUUUUGAUACGCAUAUCAAGACUCCGCUUAAAGAAAAGCUCCAGCAAGUUGACUCGGCGAUUGAGCAGCUUGGCGAGAAGUUUGAGAUGAAGAAUGGUCAAAAGGCAAAGAACUUUGCAGAGAUUUUCAAACAUAUUAAAGAUAGGGUUGGGGAGAUUAAGGGGAACGGAAGACAGAAAAAAGGCCUGGAUGGGAUUGUCGCCAGGUUUCAGACGUACGUGAGGGAAGUUGGAAACAAUAUGAAGAAGGAAUUGGCUACUACCGGUACGGUGCACGCAUGGCUUGACAGUAUUUUGAAGCAUAAUGGCGUGGUGGUCUAUAGACUGCGGAAUAUUAAUAGUGUAAAUAAAAAUGCAUUACAUGAAACAUUUAGUAACCAGACCAAGGAAAAGCUUAGGGAUGCCAAAGUUUAUAUUGAAGCUGAGAGACAGCACCCUAUCCCACAUAACGGCACCCUUGCCGAAAGAUUGGCUUCACUAAAGAAUUUGAUAGAGAAAUACGCCAGCGUGCUUGAUGGUACAAUUAAUAAUGGUACAAAUGAUUUUGUUACUGGAUUAGUCGGAAUGAUUGAGACUCAAGUAAGGAAUUAUGGUACCUCGCCCCCUGACAGAACGCAUCUCACUCCUACUGUCGAAGCCGUGCUAGCCGCGCUCACCGCCGACGCCAGGCGGACUGCCGGGGAGAUAAAUUCGUUACUACUGAGCGGAAACGUUGCAAAAAUGUUGGACAACAUGACGACGGUUGUUCAUGGGCUUCACGGUCAGCUUGAUAAGGCGACUGCUCAACCCGUCCCUUCCGGUGACCAACCCAAAGCAGGCACCGCCCAAGCCGUGGACAGUAGGUUGAAGGCGGUGAGGGAGAUGGUUGAGAAAGAGCUUACCGCCAAAUUCACUGAAGUCAAGAAAGAUCUUCAACAGAAAGUUCAAGAACUUCCCACCGCCGUUGACACUUUCAACACUGCCGCCGAAAAACAGAUCAAGGAAGCGGCCCAGACGGCGUAUUUUCCAAACUUCUUGAGUGAUUGA